CAAAGUUCCUCUCAAUUAACCCUAGAAUUACAAGAGAAGAUAAAUAAAAUAUCUGAAUCAAAUUUAACAUGGCGAGAUCCACUUGCUAGUAAGGUAAUAAGUGAUGAGUCUGAUUUAGUUCAAAACCUGUCGAGUGGGGCAAAAAAAUCUUUUAUGAGACCAUUCAAUAAGAUGCAGGUACAAACACCUUCUAUUAUUCACGAUAUGUGCGUUAUCUUUGUAAAAAAUUUUCAUGAUGAUAUGGAAACUAUACCACAACAUCUUUUCCAUGAUAAUACUUGGAAGGAAAGUGACAAGACUUUGGUAAAUGUUACAGAAAAUAUUCUCGAUUUCUUAAGAGAUAUUUGGAAGAAUCCAGCUUACAACGUAGAGUUUGUGAGUGCUCAAA